UCACGUCUGAAGACAUGUUUCACUCAAAAGAGACGUAAUUUGUGUUCAAAUCGCGACAACAUUUGCAGUGAUUUUGUUGUGAAUUAAACACUGAUUUGAAAACAUGUCAAACAUUUUGAAUACACUUUUAUAUCGAAAUGUUUGGACAAAAUCCAGACAUUUGUUGACAUUGUCUGCAAUCGGCGCUCAAAAUGGAUGCAAACGUGCGAUCAAUGCGUCGUCGAAGAAGAAGGACUCUCACGGCUCUUACGACUCGCACUCUUCGGUUCCCUCAUUUGUUCCCGGAUUUAUGGAUCCGCAGCCCAAAGGACCGCAAACUGUCCGCGAGUUCGCAGACAUUGAGUCCCAAAAGAAUUGGGUGUCCUAUGGAUGGGAUAUCGGGAACCGAGAAGAGGACCGUUUCCUCAAUCGCUGGGCGUUUCUGUUGGUCAUAACGAUCAGCACUAUUCUCGUGCCCUAUAUUAUGCUCUAUUACCCGGACUACAGACUUCACGACUGGUCGACGAGAGAAGCGUAUCUGGAAUUGGAUCGAAGAGAACGGUUGGGAUUACCGCUGGUGGACAAGAAUCUGGUCGAUCCGAACCUAUUGGUGCUGCCGUCGGACGAAGAGUUGGGCGACACUGAGAUCUAUAUCUGAUUGCUUUAGACUUAAUAAAUAUAGCGUUUAAUUGUGUUUAGAA